AUGAGUUCCUUUUCUAAAUUGAGAAUUUUAUCAAAUUCAUGUCUAAUGCCUUGGAUUAUAGAAAAUAUUGUACUACCAUAUACUUGUGCAUUUGUUACUUCACUUAAAUCAUUAAUUCAAGGUUUACAUGAACAUUGUAAUUGUAUAAUUUGUAAUUAUAAAUGUUUUUUUAUCAAUAAUCCAAUCGGUGGUUCAAGUAGUCAAUUAAGAAGUUCUAUGGGUAAUUCAAGAGGUUAUAUGGGUGGUUCAAUGGGUAAUACAAAGAGUACUAUGGGUGGUUCCAUGGAGUGUACUAUGGGAAAGGGAGCCCCUUUCGGGGCUGGUACUAUGGGAAAGGGAGCUAAUUCUACAGUCAUGGAGUGUACUAAUAGGGAUACUAAGGAAGUUGGUGUGGGUACUAAGGAAGCUUCUUUUGGUGCCGUUGGAGCAAGCACCGUAAUGGAAUGUAAUUGUAUGAAUAGUAUAAUAAUAAAUAAUAAACCAUCAAUAAUACAUUAUUUGGAAUUAAUAAUAACAUUAUCAAAUAAUUGGACAAUGAGAACAAAUAAAUCAAAUGAAUUACAAUAUAUAAUAAAUAUAAUAAAUAAAAUAUUAAAUCAAUUAAUAAAUAUAUUAAUAAAUUUAAAAGGAAAAGGAAUUGUAGAUAUGAAAAUUAUACUUUUUAUUAUUUCAAUUAAAUUAACUAAAACUAUUACUAAUAUUAAAGAUUUUAAACUUAAUAAUACUAAUUUACCAUUACUUAUUAAAUUAUCAUCAAUUCUCGGAUAUCAAGAAAUUUGUAAAGGUAAUACCACAUGUUAUAUGAAAUUAUUAUUGGAAAUAUUUGGUAUAUUACAUAAAAUAUUAUGUAAUGAUCAUAAUGAACAAUUAUUUGAUUUACAUAAAGGACUUUAUAAUUCAUUAGUUGGAAAAAUCGAAAAAUUCCCAUUAACACUUACUAAAUUAGAAUAUUAUAAGGUUAAGAAUAAAGAAUUGAUGAGAACAUAUGAAAUGAAUAUAAAAUCAAUAAUAGAAUCAACAAAAACAAUAAAUUCACAAGCAUUAAGAAUCAUUUAUAAUUAUCGUACAUGGAAAUUCAUUAAACAAAAUUAUCAAAAUCAAUUAACUAAUCAAUUAACCAAUCAAUUAACUAAUGAAAAUAGAAAUGAAUAUAAUAAAGAAUUAAAUAAUAAAUUUACUAAAGAAUAUAAUAAAGAAUUAAUUAAUAAAUUUGAUAUGAAUAUAACAGAAAAGAGUAUAGAAAAGAUAAUUGAUAAUAUGAUAGAAAAUGGUAUAAUAAAAAGAGAUGGUAUAGAAUAUAUAAUAUUAAUAAAUUUAUUAUAUAUAAAAUCUAUACAAAUUAAUGAAAUAUCAAAUGAAGAAAAAUUACAACAAAUUACUCUAUUAUAA